AUGUUUCCUAACCAAGGAGAAGUAAAACUCGAAGAUGUAAAUGCCCUGACUAACAUCAAGAGAUACCUGGAAGGCACUAGGGAGGCGCUCCCACCCAACAUCGAAUUUGUGAUUUCGCUCCAGAUUGAGGAGCCCAAGUUGUCAUUCCCCGAGAGCAGGCUUGCUGCUUCCCUGGACUGGAUUCUGUCCCAGUACUGACACACUUCAGCGGAACCCCAAACUUUUCCAUGUACUGGACACCUGACACAUGUGGAUGGCCAGUGACUGUUCGAAAAAAUGAAAGCACACCCUGGUCAGUAGCUGGCACUUAAUGGUAGCAAUAGCUUCGCCUAUCAUAAUCAUACAGUUGCCAUAAUAAACCAGCUUGUGUGAUUUUGUGAUAUUUAAAUCUAUGUGAUUUUCAUUUGAAGGUGACAAUUGAUUUACAAGUAACCAUGCCUCACAGCUACCCCUACGUAGCAUUACAGCUGUUUGCACGGUCCUCUGAGCUUGACAGACAACAGCAGCUGCUCCUCAACCAAGGUCUUACUUCUUAUAUAGGGACUUUUGAUCCAGGUGAGCUCUGCGUCUGUGCAGCAAUCCAGUGGCUGCAGGACAAUAGUGCAUCCUACUUCCUGAACAGAAAGCUGGUGUGUGAGCCAUCCACGCAAGCAAAGCCAGUCAAGAAUACAUUCCUCCGAAUGUGGAUCUACAGCCACCAUAUAUAUCAACAGGACCUAAGGAAAAAGAUUUUGGAAGUAGGGAAAAGGUUAGAUGUAACUGGAUUUUGCAUGACUGGAAAGCCUGGUAUCAUCUGUGUGGAGGGCUUCAAGGACCACUGUGAGGAGUUCUGGCAUACAAUCCGGUACCCCAGUUGGAAGCAUAUUUCCUGUAAGCACGCUGAGAGCGUGGAGACAGAAGGAGAUGGCAAGGACCUGCGCCUUUUCCAUUCUUUUGAAGAAUUGCUCCUGGAGGCCCAUGGUGACUACGGGUUAAGGAAUGAUUAUCACAUGAAUCUGGGCCAGUUCCUAGAGUUUCUCAAAAAACACAAACGUGAACAUGUUUUUCAGAUACUAUUUGGCAUUGAAAGCAAAAGUUCAGAGUCCUAGGAAUCUGUUAAGAUGCUUGUGCCUGUAAUUGCACGAAGUCUGUAUUUAUGUUAAUAAGAUCAAAAUAAAAAGGCCAGUGGCUGUAUAGAAGAA